GCACUUUGCCCUGUCGUGCGAUGCCCAUAGACUAUCACACAGAGCCUCCUUAUUGCAUCAGGCAUCGUCCACUCGGCAGAGAGACAGAAAGGACAGCUAGACUACAUGUCAUGGACUGGUGGACUACCCUGGCUGCGAGUAUAGCCUUCCUCUGGCUGCUGUGUUAUAUCGACGGUAAGAGAACCUGGUUAGCAGAGGUAUGGGAGCUUUCUUCGUCAAGGGAACGGUGCGGUAUUGGCACGCGCACGGCUCUUCCUCCUAAUUGCGGCAACGCCGUCCUGGAGCUGCGGCUCCUCCUCCACGCCCUCACCAAAGCAGCGUGCCACCUGUACCUGGCCGUGCUCCCACUGCGGCGCGCCGCACUGCACCUUGCCCGCUUCGUCUGUCACCUGGUAAACCAUGGCCCCACCUCCGCUGGCCGGGCGUCUCCUCUUCUCCUUGAGGGGGUGUGUGUGAUAUGUGAAGCGGUACCGGACCUGCUGGGAGCCGGGCUCAGUCUAUGUGCAGUAGUCUGUCACAUCCUACAGGGGGUACUGUUCCUGCUGGCCGCCACGGUGAGGUCGGUCCAGGUGAGUGUUCUGGCCCAGAUGGACGGGGAGAAGGAGAGGUGGGAGAAGGAGCAGCAGCAAGCACGGCAGGACGAGAGGAGACAGAACUCUGGGGUGGUGGAAUACCUGUCUGUGUUCUGUCAAGACCCCAUCAGUUCACUACGACUCAGAGUGGACAUGAUCAAUAGAUAACAUCACCGUCUGUCUGUCUGUCUGUCUGUCUGUCUGUCUGUCUGUCUGUCUGUCUGUCAAAACCCCAUCAGUUCACUACGACUCAGAGUGGACAUGAUCAAUAGAUAACAUCACCGUCUGUCUGUCUGUCAAGACCCCGUCUGUCAAGACCCCAUCAGUUCACUACAACUCAAAGUGGACAUGAUCAAUAGAUAACAUCACUGUCUGUCUGUCUGUCAGCGUUGGGCUCAAUUCAGACUUGAGUUAAGAAUACUUCUUGAAUUUGAAUUGAAGUAGUAAACAGAAUACAGAAUUGAAAUUUGAAUUUGAAUGAAAGGAAAUAGAAUUGAAUUCAGUGAAAUUCAAAUGCCUCUUGUAUUGUAUAUUAGGUGUAGUCUAUAACUAUAUAUGUUGAAACAGUAGAUUUUUAGGACAAACUAUCUUCCAAUUAAUUAAUGAUCUAGGACAACAAAUCCUGUAUGCAAAUAUUCUGUUUUCAUUAAUCACUUAUUAAUCACACAUAUAUAUAUAUAUAUACUGUAUACACAAAACAUUAGUUUCACCCCUUUUUUCCCUCAGAACAGCCUCAA